AUGUUUCAAACAAAUGAAACAUUUACUACUAGUAUAAUUGCAUAUGAUAAUGAAAUUGAUAUUUUUUUAAAAUUUAUUAUUAUUAUUUAUACCAGUUUUGAACAUUAUUCGUAUUUUAAACCGAUAAUAAAGUCAAAUACUGAUUUUUUCCCACAACAGUCAUCAAACUUAAAUACUUUAUCUAUACAACGAGCUAUUCUAGUUUUCUAUCCAUCAAGUCAAGAAAAAUAUUAUUUACCAGAAAUUCGAUGGUUAUAUAGAUCAUGGAUUGAAAUGAUUAAAUAUGAAUCAAAUCAAUGGCGAACAGAUCUUAUCAUAUUUACUGAACAAUAUUCAUCAUCACUUAUACAACUUGGAUGCUUAGUUAAUCAAAUACGCACAAAUAAUGAUGAACAACCAAAAUGUCGAGUAUUUAUUUAUCUUCGAAUAUCAGCUCGUCAUAUAAAUUCUUUAACUAAACAACAAACAAUAUUUGCCAAUGAUAGUGAAAAAAAUUUAUUUCAUAUUGAUAUUUCACGUUCAAUUUUAUUGUAUAAUCAUUUAAGAACAUAUCCCUAUAUUGAUUCUGUAAAUAUUAUUGCAGAAAGUUAUUCAAUAUAUUCAUAUUAUGAUUUUAUUCUUAAAACUGAUCUUGAUGUUUUUAUAACAAAACAAUUUGCUAAUUAUAUACCAAAUACAUUGAAAACAUUAAUUGCUGGUCGUGGAGGUUAUUCAACACAAUUUAAUACACUUCGUCUUGGACGUAUUGCUAGAGAUAUGAAUUGGAAAUAUCAAAAUUUGACUAAUGUUGGAUCAACAUGGUAUGGAUCACCAUAUGUUGCUCAGCGCAUAGCAAACUUAACUUUAGAUGCUAUACUUCAUUUAUUUAUCAAUGAAUUUUGUGCUGCCGAACGAGAACAAAAAGUUGGAACUUUAUUAUGGCCUGAUUGGCAUUAUGGUGUAUUAAGUAUGUAUGGUACUCAUUUAGCAGUCAAUCAUUUGGUAAAUUCAGAAAAGCUUGAUGUACAAAAUGGUUCUGAAUUAUUAGAUCAAUCAACAACAAAUAAUGAUCAAAAUGAUAUAGAAAAAAAUAAUCGUUUACAUUUACAUUGUUGGCAUACAGAUGCACCAUUUUCAAAAUUUCAAUUUAAAGAAAAUAAAUAUAAUCAUAUAGAUCCACAUGCACUGAUUAAUGAUAGAUCAUCUCUAGGCUAUGCUAUGCGAAUGGCAUUAGAGUCUCGAUUGAUGACAUUCGAGGAACUUGGUCAACAACUACGCAAUAUUAGUCGUAACAAAACGAAUUCAAGUAUUUUCAUCACUCAAUCGAAUAUUUUUACAGCAUUGCCAAUACAAUAG